AUGGCCGCGGACCAGCCGGCGCCCUCCCUACCGUACGGCGGGCCCUCCGACUCCGCGGGUUUCCCCGCUGGCUUUGACGGGCCACUGCUUCCCCGCGGACCACCUGUGCACACCGGACCGACGCCAUCCUCUUCGUUGCUCCGUACCGCCGAGCCGUACGCUCACGGCGGUCAUGCUCAGACACCGCCGCGCUUUGCCAAGCUCGACUUCGCCACCUACGACGACGCCGAGGACCCCCUCAACUGGCUCAACCAGUGUGAGCAAUUCUUCCGGGGGCAACACAUGCUCGCGUCGGAACGCACCUGGCUUGCCUCAUAUCACCUUCGGGGCGCCGCACAGACGUGGUACUACACCCUCGAGCAAGACGAGGGCGGCAUGCCCCCAUGGGAGCGCUUUCGCGAGCUAUGCCUCCUUCACUUCGGGCCGCCGAUACGCGGGAGCCGGCUGGCGGAACUCGGUCGUCUCCACUUCACCUCCACGGUGCAGGACUUCGCCGACCGCUUUCAGGCCCUGGCGUGCCAUGCGCCCGGCAUAACGGCUCGCUAG